GUCAAGCCAUGUUGUCCCUACCCGUAGACUCUGAGCACUGUAAUCACAGAUAAGCAAAGAUAGUCCUCCUGAACCAAUAAGCUGUGAUAUAUAUCCAAAACAAACAAACGCUCUAAAACGCCGCCAUGCUUCUCUACGCUGUCUAUGUAGAUGGUAGUUGUAGUAUGUUCCGUCUUUCGGCGGAGCAGAGAGCCCCUCUCUUUCCUCUCCUGUUCCUGCCCUGUAAUUCUGCUCCUCUCAUCUCUACUACCCUUCCCUCGCCUGUAGUUCAUCUUCCUCUUCCUCUUCCUUUCCAAAAUAUAAACCCGAGUUCACUAAAGCUCCGUCUUCGGUGAGGAUGGUCUAGGUAUAUAUGCUCAUGCUCUCGAUAAUA